ACACAUAUACAAUUUUGUUCGGAUGCACGUAUACAUCCUAAAAAAAUAUUGUGAAAAGUUAAUUUCGAUUUUAAUCCAAAAUGGUUUUAAAUAAUUUUUUCGUUAAGUUGUUGUUAAUGGCAUUUUGGGUUCUUGGAGUGUCAGCAGAACUGAGUGUGAACGAUACAAGAGAGUACCAUGAAGUUAUGCAGAAUCUGAAUAACUUUUCUCGGACCUUCUUGCAUUCAUAUAAAGACGCUGAUAUUUCACCAAAUUGUAAAACUGCGAUGACAAAUUAUGGGAAGGGGUUUUUCAAUCAGGAGGAAUGGGCUUUAAAAAUGGUUGAUGCUAUGUCAAAGUUGCAAUCAGGAAUUUUUGACGGCAAUCUCUACAAUUUAGGAGCUUUUGACGAAUGCCUAUCAAUUCGUGACAUUGAGGUCUUCUCACAGCCAGCUGACGGCAGUAUUGCAAUAGAAAUGACCCAAAUUAAUGGAAAAUACUGUUUGGGUAUGGGGAUAUUGCUUGGGAUUCCUAUUUUUUGGGCAAUGUGUGCCCCAGACGCAUGCUCAGCCGAUGAUUUAAACAAAAUCCUACAGAUAAUUCCGGUACCAAUGUUUUUCUCUGAAGAUAAGUGUCAAGAUCCAAGCCAGGAACCAGAAAUCACCGAUGGGGAUAUUGCAGUCAUGGUUGUAUUUGGAAUUAUUUUGGGAAUAAUGGCUGUAUCGUCUUUGUACGAUACGUAUCUUCGAUAUUUUGAAAAAAAAACGGCCCAUCCAUUAUUAUUAGCAUUUUCUGUGGUUACCAAUGGAGAAAAACUCUUUGCAACCACAGAACCCGGUACAAAUUCUGGUCAAUUGGAGUGCCUUUCCGGUAUUCGUUCAAUGAGUAUGAUGUGGGUGAUUCUUGGCCACAUGUUUAGUAAUAUCGCUGGCGUUGCCGUAACGAACAUUGCCAAUAUUAUGGACUUUAUGACUGAUGGUGAGACAAUGUACGUCCGAGGAGCCACUGUUUCUGUAGACAGCUUCUUUCUAUUGGCCGGUAUUGUGAUGAUCUACGUUUAUCUGAAAUCUACCAAAGAGAAACAGACAUUUAAUAUAUUCCUUUAUUAUUUGCAUCGAUAUCUUCGGUUAACUCCAGCUUUAGCCGCAGUUCUGGUCGUACAUCUUACUGUUCUCAAACAUUUUGGAUCAGGACCUCAUUGGCCACAAAUGAUGGCAAACGCAUAUGGUUCUUGCGAGAAAUAUUGGUGGAGUUUAUUGUUGUAUAUUCAAAAUUACACGAAUACCCUAAAAAUGUGUCUUCCACAAAGUUGGUAUCUCUCUGUUGACACACAACUAUUUCUCCUUUCACCACUUGUCUUGUUUCCAAUCAAACGUUGGCCAAGACAUACUCUUGCAGCAGUUGCAGUUGCUGCGGUGGCAUCCAUCUCAACUGGAUUUGCAUUGGCCUGGGUUCACAAACUAAAUGAUAAUCUUCUGACUGCUACUGACGUCGAAAUCGCAGAAAAAUAUUCCGAUAUGUAUUACCAUGCAACAUACUCCCGUGCUGCCCCCUGGUUUAUUGGUAUCAUAAUGGGUUAUAUCAUUUACCAAGUGAAAAUUGUCCGAAAAGAUCAAAAAUUCAAAAUUGGCGUGCCUUUAAAUAUGGCGUUGUGGAUUGCUUCGUUGGCUGUGAUGGCAACUUGUGUAUUUGUGGACAAAUCGCAGGAUGAAUAUGAUCGUCUUGCCAAUUCGUCCUAUAUUGCUUUCGUUCGUCCUGCAUGGGCUAUCGCGCUCUCUUGGGUGAUAUUUUCUUGUGUCACUGGAUACGGUGGUCCUGUAAAUGCAUUCUUAUCAGCUAGAGUUUUUCAAGUCUUGGUCCGACUCACUUAUUCAAUGUAUUUGACGCACUACUCCGUUCUCUACGUACUUUACUCGUCAAUCAAGCAGCCAAUGCCGUUCACGCACGCACGAGUUAUUUAUGAAUACUGGUCGAUUUUCGCAUUGGUUUUUGCAAUCAGCGUUGUGUGGACAUUGUCUUUCGAAUCGCCCAUCAUCAUUAUUGAAAAAUUUAUUUUUGGGGGUGGAAACAAAAAGGGGUCGGUAGUUUCCGCACAUAAUAACCCCAUCGUCGUUAAUACAAAUACCGACACAAUACAAAAUAAUGAAAACCAAAGUUGUGAAAGUGAUGUGCACCAUAAUUCCAACGCCGAAGAUAAUAAUCAAACUGGUGUCGUUAAUUAGGGUCAUAAUUCCGAGAAAACAUCACCAAAUGACAUUUCUAUUGUAUCGUAGUUUCAAUUUAUUAUUUAAUAGCAAUUUAAUAUUUAUAUAAUUUAUAAUUAUAGCAAGUUUCUGAGAAAAUAAAUUAUUUUUAUAAAUAAAUAAAA